UCAACACUGUUGUCCCAAUGGGAGGUGCUGCGUCAGGGAAAGCACACCAAUCCUCUGCAAGCCACAGAGAGCCCGCCCUUCGAAGCCUCUCGGCUCCGGUGCCAAGAAACCUGGAACCGACCAAGGCGGAAGACCCUGGAAGAAUGCCUCGCCAAAUCACUGUUUUGAUUAUCGGAGCCGGGAGCCGGGGAAAGAACUAUUCCAAUUAUGCAUUGUAUUUUCCUGAACGCAUGAAGGUGAUUGGCGUUGCAGACCCUCGGGCUUGUGCAAGGAAAGAGCUGCAGGAGGCUCAUCACGUUGAUGAGGACAACGUAUUUGAUGAUUGGAAAGCCGCGGCUGAGAGAGAGAAGUUUGCAGAUGCCGUUAUCAUAGCAACCCCUGACAGGCUUCAUAAGGCACCAGCAGUGGCUUUUGCCCAGAAAGGAUAUCACAUUUUGCUGGAGAAGCCCAUGGCAGUGACCCCAGAGGACUGCAAAGAAAUUGUCCUGGCCUGUAAAACCUACAACUGCAUCCUUACGGUGUGCCAUGUCCUGAGAUACCAUCCAGUGUCCCUGAAAAUAAAGGAACUGCUGGAUGCUGGGUUAAUCGGAGACAUCUGCCACAUCCAGCACCUGGAGCCUGUUGGCUUCUGGCAUUUCGCACACUCCUUCGUGCGAGGAAACUGGAGGAAUGAAGCCGAGAGUUCCUUUUCCUUGCUGGCCAAAUCCUGCCACGACAUUGAUCUCAUUAAUUUUUGGAUGGGCGGCAAAAGAUGCUUGAAAAUUUCCUCUUUUGGCAGCCUCUCCCAUUUCACAAAAGACCACAAGCCCCAAGGAGCCGCCAGUCGCUGUUUGGACUGUCCUGUUGAGCAAAACUGUCCGUAUUCUGCUCAGAAGGUUUAUCUGAAGGUGGCCGAACAGGGUAGCUUUCAUUGGCCUGUGUCGGUAGUGUGCAGCGACGGGAAAUACGAUAUCGAAGCGCUGACCGACGCUUUGCGCCACGGCCCCUACGGAAGGUGUGUGUACGAGUGUGACAAUGAUGUGGUUAGCAACCAGGUUGUAAAUAUGGAGUUUGAAGGAGGAACGACGGCCGCUUUUACAAUGAUCGCCUUUACCGAGAGGCUGGGCGUGCGGAAAACCACCAUCUAUGGCACGAAGGGACAACUCUCCUGCAGAGGUAGUGGGCCAGUGAAAGUUUUUGACUUUCUCCAGAGGAAGAAACUCACCUUUCAGCCGGAAAGGACCCACUCCAUCGUAGGGUGUUUAAACGCUCACGGUGGGGCCGAUUACUUCCUGAUGAAGAGCUUUGUUUCGGCUGUCGCUGACAAUAAUCCGUCCCUCAUUUGCACUGGAGCAGAAGAAACCUUAAACUCACAUCUCCUGGUGUUCGAGGCGGAGAGGUCCAGGAAAGAGAACCGGGUGGUUUUUUUAGAAACAUGAAGAGGUCUGGCAUCUCUUGAUGGGCCACAGAAUUGCUUGACAAAUCACCUGUGCUUUAUGCUGCUGCCUUGGAAGCGCCGCUUCUACCUAGGGAGAGAUCUGCUCCCAUUCUUAACUGACUAAAAAAAAAAUUAAGGAAGCUUGCAUUUUAGAAUAAAACAAAGGACAUGUUCAUUGCGUCUGUAAUGCACAUGUGCGUUGC